GAGAGAGUAACAUUAGAGGUGAGAAGUGAAAUGAGUGACAGCAGCAUAACGAAUGAUAUCCCUGCACCUGCACAGAAGCUUCACCAUGCUAUGGUGUCAAGCGGUAGAGCUACAUACACGCAAAAUGAAUUAUUGGAGCUGCUGAAGUACGAUGAUGCUAAUGAGUUGAUGCAAAAUGCACAAAUUUUGCUUAAUAAAGGGCUAUUAAAGAUUUUGGAGUCUGAUGGAGAAGGUGACACAAAAGAAAAGCAGAUCUUGUUUGCAGCUAUCACAGAACAAGAAGCCAAAAAGGUAAGUAAUAUGACCGGUGAUGAGGCAAUCGUGUAUUCCCACGUUGAAGCAGCAGGCAGAGAGGGUAUAUGGACAAAAACCAUCAAGUCUAAAACAAACUUACAUCAGCAUAUUGUCUUGAGAUGCCUUAAGUCACUUGAAUCCCAGUCGUACAUCAAAUCAGUCAAAUCGGUCAAACAUCCAACGAGGAAGAUAUAUAUGUUGUACCACUUGACUCCAUCCAUUGAUGUGACUGGUGGUCCGUGGUUUACCGACUCAGAGCUUGACACAGAUUUCAUUGAUUCCUUGCUAAUAGUCAUUUGGAAAUUCAUCGCUCAGAGAACUUUCCCGAAAUGUUUCAAAAAGAAGGGAUUAAUUCCAAACGGUCUGAAACAGUACAGUUAUCCUGCACAACUUGUAAGCGGUAUGGGAUCUCUUUUACCAACUCUCAAGGAAAUCAAUGAAUUCAUUGUUAGCUCAGGAAUCACUACGGUGGAGUUGACCCUAUCUGAUGUGAAGUCAUUGUGCGAUGUUUUAGAGUUUGACGAGAAAAUCGAAAAUAAUGGAGGCUCUUACAGAGCCACAUGGCAAAGUGUCCUCGAGGCUGGUGGUGGUAAAGUAGAAGGAGAAGAUAUAUAUGCACCACUUGAUGGCGAGAUUUUCAGCGUAAAUGACAACUAUAGGGUUCUUGACACAAUGCUGAACGACGAGAAUGGAGACAAUAAUAAUUCUAGUUCCCAUGUAUACUUGGAUUCAUGGAUAACUUUAUAAACUGAGAUUU